AUUCAGCUAUCAGGUCUUUCUCGUGCUUUUGACACCAGAACGAUGAAAUGAAGAGCCCAUCGACAUAAAAUCAUCUUUUUUGCAUUAUCCAAUCCUUGGUUGAUUCAAGCUGUAAGCUGAUUCUUGUCGAACCAUUCGCAGUUUAUGAAGCAAUUGGACGACGGUGCCGCUAAAGCUAUGGAAAGAUUGUACAUGAAAAAGAAGGAACACGGCGACGUCGAUGGCACUCACAACCCAUGUUUGGACAAACAUAUUCUGCUAUCUCCACUCACCUCUGUACCAAUCUGUACCCCAGGGGCUUGUGAGUUUUUAAAAGUGGGCCGAUUUUAUGAAAUCGAUCAUUCCAACCUUCCACCUAACCGCCCAGAUCAUUUAAAGUUUGUCCGUGUUGUCAUGCUCAGUGACAUGGGCGGUCUUCAAGUGUCGGUUAGGUACCCAAGCAUGCAGUCUGUUCGCACGCAGUUCUACGAUGCAAACUAUGGGAGACAAGAUAAAAAGAAGAUCCCCGCACUCGACGAAAAGUAUGUGAUGGAAUCAGGUUUUGCUUGUAGUGCGCUAUACAGGAGAGUCUCGACGGAGGAGUUAGCAGAAAGAGGAAACUCAUGGAGUUUCUGGAUUACAACCUCUGAAGAAGAUCAAACGGCUAAAAGCACAUUAUUCAUUGAUGAGGAAACGGAUCUGCAGGUUUCCAAGAAGGGCUCAUGCUGGUCUCAGCUCAAAUAUUCCGGGAUGGUUCAGUGGGGCAAGCGUCGACCAGUUCGAUUCUUAGCCCAGCAUGAGAAGAACAAUUCAGAAUCUUUAUCAGGAUCUGUGAAAGACACUGGGUUAGAUGCAAAGGAAGAAAAUGAGAGAGGGGAAAUGACUGAUAGAAAGAGAAAGAAAUGGGAAGAAAAGGAGUUUAGAAAGGAAGUGUCGAAUGAAAUCAUCAGGACAACUCGUAAAAGUAAGAGAAAUCACAAUGAAUGUAGCGAGGUUCAAAGAUUGAAGAAAGCACACCAUGGCAGGCAGAAUCAACUCGUCGUAUACAACAAAAAGAAACAUAAAGUUUCAAUUGACAGAUGGUCUGCCGAGAGGUAUAAGUUAGCAGAGGAGAACAUGCUAAAAGUGAUGAAAGCCAAAGGAGCCGUUUUUGAAAAACCAAUAUUGAGGCCAGCCUUGAGAUCAGAGGCUCGAAAGCUGAUCGGUGAUACGGGUUUACUAGAUCAUUUGCUAAAACACAUGGCCGGGAAAGUGGCUCCUGGCGGAACUGAGAGAUUUCGACGACGACACAAUGCUGAGGGAGCGAUGGAAUACUGGUUGGAGAGUGCUGAUCUGGUUAAAAUCAGACAGGAAGCAGGUGUUCAAGAUCCCUAUUGGACUCCGCCCCCCGGAUGGAAACCUGGGGAUAACCCGUCCCAGGAUCCCAUUUGUGCGAGAGAACUUCGAGAGAUAAAGAAAGAACUGUCGAAACUAAAACAUGAAAUGCAGCAAUUAGUAUACAAGAAGAGAGAGGAACAAUUGGCUAUUAUGACGACGACUAAUUCUUGUUUGUCAAACAAUUUCAAUUUGGAAAGAGGCGGUUCCUUGUUUACUCUGCAGGAGAUGUAUAAAGAUUUGGUGAAUAAGAAGUCUAAAAUUGAGGAACAACUGAAGGAUAUUUCCAUGGCUUUGGCCAAGAUGGAGGAACAGAUGAUGACGUUAAAAUCAAGCGAGGAGCCAACAUCUGAAUCAGUAAUGCUUCCGGCGUUAUUGCCAUCACCAGCAAGAGUAAUGGUUGCAGUGAGAGAUGAGGGAGAGACGAAAGAGCAAGAAGGACAUAAAAAUAAUGAAAAGAAAGCAGCAACCGGUGAAGCAGAACGAUCAGAUGACGAUAUCCAAAGGAUGGCAGAAAGUGGGUGGCAAGCUGCCGAGGAUAGGGCAGCGAAAAUUGAAAGGUUGAAAAGCGGAUUCAGAAUUUGCCAGCCUCAGGGGACCUUCAUAUGGCCAAAGAUAGCUAUCAUGUCGCCUCAGGAUGUGGUCCCAACCCCAUCCUCUGCUUCCUCUUCAUCCUUCCCUGAGCCACCUCCGUGGUCUGAGCCAUCCUCCCUUGUUAAGCCACAAGCAGAGAGACGCCCUAUAAGCUCUGCUACUUUAACCCAUGUCGCCAUGUCCUUCCCUCCUUUUCUCUCUCCGCCACCAUUGGCAACCCCACCUUCCCAAAAAAUCGCCUCUCAUAGUCCCCCUCUCAUCAACCUCAAUGAGGCCCCUCUCAAUUGUGACCCCCCCUCCUGUGCCACUCUGCCUUACCAAUCAUCACUGGCUUCCAUGCAACCACGUAAUCCAGUUGCUACAGAAAAGAAGGCUGGUGUAAAGAAGGAAAAAGAAAUGGAAAACUUAUCAUCCUCCAUCUCAGAAAGGAAAGGGUGGUGGAAUACAGCCAUGGAUGGCGCCCUCCCCUGAAUUGCUGUUCAGCAUAACCUUAUCUAGGGUUUCAUAAAAUAUAGACUAUAUCUUUUUGUAUAGCAUGCAAGCAAAACGAUAUAUGAUAAUAGGUGUGUAUAUCUCCUAUUGGUUAUUUCAGUAGAAAGAGAUUCACCAUAAUAGUAAGGUGGGCGUCAAUAUAUACAUUUAAAUGAAAUUUAUGCUAUAUUAAUCAAGUUCGGUUUCUCCGUUA